GAGCUUCGCGCGACUGCUGUUCCCCUGAUAUCGUAGCCGUCGUCGCCGCAAACUCGCCGGACGGAUGGACGAUAAUCGAGUCAACGGUGAAGGUUUUCGGAAGGGAAAGCGUUUUCGAGGGAUCGUGUGAGAGAGAAGAGAGGAAAGUGAGGGAGUGUGACAGAGAUAGGGUGAGAAACAGGCCAGAGGCUGACCGAGGCGGCGGCGGCUGGGACUGGAGCGUGUGUAUUUACCGUCUGAUUUAGUUUCGCCCGUAUGUAUGUACUUUGCGGGGCAGGGGUGCGGAGAAGCGGGCGCGUUCGACGUUUAUGCGCCGCCGAAGCCCAAGCUAUUCCAUUACAAGCGGAGAAAAGAGUUUAUGAAUGAAGAGGAUGCGAAGGAUAGUUUCCGGAAGCCGGCCAGCUCCGUGCAAUAAUCGUAGAACGGAUCGGGCGCGCUUUGUUGCGUAAAAAGGCUGGCCAGCCGUGCGCCAAGCAUAUAUGAAUAUCAGGCUCGAGCGAACGUGAGGAGGUUAUCGGUGUGUUUUAAUGCCUGGAAAUUAGGCUUCGUGGAAAGAUUGCGACUACGCGGGAGCGCGCAUGCGCGUGCCUCUUUGAUCCAGCGAAUCGAAACGGAAUGGAAUCGGAACGGUCUUCGCGACUUUCUUCGCCAUGCGAUCAAACGUCAAACACCAUGGUGUCACAUGGUGUCGAGUUUCGAGAAGACGUAAAGCUACGUCAACGGACUGGAACGGCAGAUCGCAGUUACGGCGUCGUUUGGAAACGAGUUCGCGAUGGAAUACACGUGGCAAUAAACGGAUGCAAGCGACCGGUUUCAUCGUUGCUUAAAUUUCUACGAUAGCCGAAUCCGUCGAUCGGAAGCAUAUUCAGGAAUCCGUUGGAUGUCACGCGGCGGUGAACGAUAAACUUGUUUCACCGAGCGUCUCGCAUUAGGUAAUACAUGACUGGAAUGGCGGGAGCCAGAGAGAGAGAGAGAGAGAAAUAGGAUGGUACAACAAAGAAGUGAAAUCUCGUAAGGAGUGGGGUGGAAGAGGGAAGAGGAGAGAAGGAGAUAGAGCGAUGGAGUGAGAGAGAGAGAGAGAGGGCAUCGGUAAGGACGAAGCUGCGCCGAUACACAUAGGUCACAUAGGCAGAGCGGACGAAGAGGGCAGUCGUGGAACAGCGGAAGUUGAGAACACGGUCGACGACAAUGGAUCACAGCGGUGGCGGCGGCCAAGGCGCACCAGCGCGCGGCGUUCGCAAAACGAUCAAUCGGGUUGCGCGAACGGAGAUGGAAUGAAGAUAUCAAGGUGGAAGAGAAGGAUAGACUGGAAGGAAACAAAAAAUUUUAUAUAUAUAGGAAGAAAAUCGGAGGUCGUAGCCUUUAGUUUCUAUUCGAUCACGAGUCGUCCACGAUUCGGUUCGUAGCGUACAUAUAGAAGCGGCUCAAUGACCAAACAGGGUGAACAGCGCGAGACGGUCGCGACACUUCUUUGCUCUGCUCUGUACCGUUGGCACGUCGCGUCGCGAGGCAGAGCGGAGGAGGACGUGUAGCGGCUACCAUCGCAGAAGAAAACGGUACGAAGAGAAAAGAAGGCACGAACAUGGAGAAAGAGAAAGAGAAAAUGAGAAAGGAGGACGAGGUGAAGUGAAAGAAGUAGGAGAAGAAGAAGAAGGAGAAGAGGAAGAAGAAGAGGAAGGAGCAGGAGGAAGAGAAGGAGGAUAAGAAUAAGAAGAGGAAGAGAGGCAGAAAGGUUAUGGCACGAGGGAGAAUCGGUACGACUGUACGACGAAGCAGGGUGGCGGAGGAGGAGGAGGAUGAGGCGGUGGAAGAGGAGCAUAGGAGAGCGAGCAGAGGAGAGGACGGAGGUGGAAGAGGGUGAGCCGCAGCAACGGGCGACUGCGGCUCUGCGAGAGAGUAGAGUAGAGAGCAAGAGCGAGAGGAGUGGCGCGACGCGGACUGGCGAAGCGAAGGGGAGAGAAAGCGGGCGGGCAGGGGGUCGCGCGGCGGGGGAGACGUAGCAGGGAGGACGGAGGUAAUUUGAGCGUCACACGCCGAGCGAGCGAGCGGCAACGAACGAACGCCAGGCAACGUCUAUGUGCUACAUAAAGAGGCUCCCCCUAUCCUCCCCCUUAUGUAUCCAACCCAUCGCGAACCUACGAUGCGACGCGACCCAUGUACAACGCGUCCCAAAAGUCCCGUGUUGCCUGCCUCUGCUUGCCUGCCUGCCUGCCUGCCUGCUGGCUCUGCCUGCUUCUGCCUGGCUGGCUGGCUGACUAGUGGCUGCCUUUGCCUGUCUCUCUGCCUGGCUGCCUACUGCCGCUGCCGCUAGUAGCCUGGCCCCGCUUCGUAACCCGAUGUGUCCCAGAGAGAGAACCGCGCUCUGUUCUGUGCCGGGAUAUAUAGCGUAUAUGAGAGACCGCGGGCGCUGGGCAAGCACUAGCUGGGAAAUGGUUUUAACCUGGGUUAUCGAGGGACGACGACGACGACGACGACGACGACGACUACUACGACGACGACUACGACGACGACUACGACUACGACGACGACGGCGACGGCGACGGCGACGGCGACGGCGACGGCGACGACGACGAUGACUACCAUGACAUCGUCAAUUACGACGACGUUGGUACGAAAGUGGGGUGUGCAGAAAGAAAGGAAGGAAGCAUGGAGGAAGGAGAGUAAAGGGGGAAAGCUGCGAAAUUUUUCAGCAGCGAGCUACGCACUAGAGCCAACACCGGAGGCAAGCGUGUUCCUUCGUGCGAUGCCAUAGGUGAAAAUCUCCCGCCCAAAGGGAACGACCGCGUGGGUGUGGUUUUUGGCGGCAAAGCUUCCUCUCCUUCGAGGGUGAAACGAGGAUUCUCGCGGCGCACUAUAUAUACUUACGUAUACCGCCAUCGCUACGCUACAUACGAUAUAUACUUUAUACAUACAUAUAUACCUCGGUCGACGAUUCGUAUUCGCCGCCAAAGCCUUCGCUACUGUAUUUUCGAUGAGGACGCCAGCGGACGCUUGUUUUCCGACCACCCUUCCUCUCCCUUUCUCAUCCUUUUCCAUCCUCGAGUUUCACCCCGUUUCUUCUCCUGCACACAGCCUGGUUUACCUCCUUUGUUCGUCCUACAGGAUUUUUCCCCCGAGUCGGAAGCGUUCACGCGUCAGCUGGUCGGUCGAUAUCGAUCCAUCUUACCCCAGGAUCGAUCUUUCGAACCCUUCUCAAUGCGCGUACAACCCGUCGUCACCCUAGUCGAGAUCGGUUUCUAUUCGAGGCAAACCGGCUCCAAGUAUUUCUAGAACGAUCCCCGGCGAGUCGAUCGCCAUUCAAAAUUUCUGCGGGGCCAACUAUUUUAGGUCACGGUAUUUCGGCGAUUCCGCCUCGAUGGAACGCUCUCUUAGACUCCGAAAGAAUGGACCCAGAGAGUCGUUCGAACGCUCCAUCCUGGUAUCUUAGUUUCGAACUUUUAUACCUUGAAUAUCGAUAUGUGCAUUAGUACAGAGUAAAGUACGCGCGGUGAAUUAGCGUUGAAUGCGUUCGUUUUGCAAUUGGUCAGUUAGCGUUCUUUCUGGCUGUUCUUCGAUAAACCAGAUUAGUCAUUUCUCGAUACGACGGUUAUUUUUUAGAAUAUGAGGUAACUAGAGGAUAUUCGAUCAGCAGUGAUCGAAUACGUGUGCAAUGGUAGGCAGUAUUCGUAUGUUCGCUAUCUUCUUCCAGAUAUCGGUAUCAGUUAACUGUUAAGGUUACCUUAACACCAAGUUUCUCAGGAAACCUUGUAAAGUCAACCAUUCAAUUGGAUACUUUCCACUGUACGUGUAUUUGCUUUAGAUAUUAGACCGUUUGCGAGUGCCAUGAAUCUCACCCUAGCGUAUAAGAGUUACGUGCUCGCAUAACCUAUAUAAACAUAUAUAAUAUAUGUGUACAUGUAUAUGUAUAAUAAUUUUAUUCUUACGUGCAACAAACACGCAGCAAUAAUAUGAUAUAAUAUAACAGUAAUACACUAUUAUUACUAUAUUAACAGAAAUAUAAGUAAUAUUGUAUAAUAAAAACGAUAAUACCAGCAUAAACCUACGAUUUUGCCCUACGAAGAGACUAAAAAAUCAUAUUGCAGAUAUUCCCGGAGACGCGAAACGUUCAAAUUGCUUUUUGAAUAGCAGAACGAAGCGUCGACUCCAGCUCGGAAACGUGAUUUACGAUCGAACUCGGAGAAUGAUAAUUUGUUUACCGAGCAAACCCGCGAAAGGGGUUUCUCCCACUCUUCCAUAUUCUCCACACUUUCUCCGUCGUUCGUUGGUCGCAGUACACCGAGACACGAGUCGGACAAGUUUCCAUGGCUCGAUCGCGCUACACGGAUCUCAACAUUUCGCUUCUGUUAUUGUUAUAAAACUUGACCGGGCGACGUCGUUUCCGUUGCGUGCGUGCGCAUACAAUCGCGUUACGAUCACGGCCGAAACGGCUGUCAUGAGUCACGCGCGAUUAAUCUCGAACCGUUGUCAUCGAUCUUGCGCUUGCGUCGAUCUUUAGUCUUUUCGUAGGCGCUAGAUUAGUUUAGGCCGUCCGAACAAAGUCUUCGUAUUUACACUCGCAGAUAAUUUUAGUUUGCAUAUCGUAGCCUUUCGUAUAUUACGUGCUAUAUACGAAUUGCUGUAAAUGUGUUUCCAAGUGUUUGUAUUCAUUUACGAGGUAGCUGGGUCGUAUAUACUUAUGUAAAUACAUACGUAUUAUGUAAACAUAGAACGAUAUCGUACUUAGAAGAAAUUCUAACCUCGAACGCGUAUUUUGUUUCGAAACGACCACCUGCCGAUUUUAAGCUGGAAAUUGCAGGGUUGUCGGUAGGUGUUUGAACUCGUGUGAUAUAACUUCUGGUUUUAUUAUGCUCACGACCUUGAACGACCUUGUGCGAUGGACCCAUAUAUCACGCUACUCGCUGCAACUCGGGAACAAGCCAAAACAGCUGCGUUCACCAACAUGGGUGCAGAAGUUUCGAAAGGGCAAUUGCUUUGAAUGCGCGACAUUUCUUGCUAGCUUGCUACUAGGUCAAGGAUAUAAUGCGUUCGUAGUAAGUGGUUACGCAUCCAGAGAACAAACGCUGUGCGAUUUGACAAGAAGGUCGUGCCCCUAUAUACUGCAACCGGAAAAACAUACUAAACGAAAACCGGAAGAGCAACAACCUAAGAUUACCAAGUAUGAACUUAAGCUACCUAUAGACUAUAAAAGCCAAUUUUUAUCAGAAUUAGGAGAAGAAAAGGCGAGGGAGUUAGAAGAGAAAUUAAUUUUCGACGAAAAAGAACAACAAAAAUUGAUCGAAGAAUUAGAGCAGCUUCCACCAGAUGAGUAUCGGGGACAUAGAAUACAUGCUUGGGUAGCGAUAUUGCCAGAGUUUGACGGAGUAAGGGACCAGGAGAUUCCUUAUCCACUUUUUAUCGAGUCUACCACGGGAAUAUCCUUCGAAACCACUGACGAUGACACAGCUCAGUUGUACUUGGGCGUAGAAAGCAUAUGGAAUGAUAAGAAUUAUUGGGUAAAUAUGCAGUCAUCCGUAAAAUCGUGCGUAAACAUAGUGUGGGAUUUAAUGAAAGUGGAACUCUGGGAACAUUUGCUCCCUGGAGAACCGUGGACAAUGCAUGGAGUAGGAGAAGAGAUCGAUGAGGAGUCUGAUGUGCAACCAGAGAAACACUUGGAUAUGCCAUUCUCAUAUGUAGAUCCAAUAAAAAUUAGCGAAGCAGAAUUUGAAAAACGGUUCCCAAAUGGUACAAAAAAGAUACUUUAUAAGAAAACAAAAGUUGAACUCUUUGCUCCAUAUCUUCAACUGGAUGGCGUAGUACAAAGAAUUACGAUAUAUAAUGAUUACGAUUACACGACUCCUAUAGAAAUAUAUGAAAAUUAUGCAAAUAGAUCUGACAAUCUCGUGGAAUCACGGAGAAAUAUAAAUGACGAUACAGUUAUAGAUUAUUAUAGAAGAGGCCGAGCAGAUCAAUGUAAAGAACAUCGAUAUUUUGUUGAUGCUUCCAAUGAGAUAGAUAGCGAGCGAAUUUUAGAUUUUUAUCACGUUGCACGUUUCGAUGGUCUAUCUAAAUUCGAAAUGAACCCAAGCUACCUAACGCAACACUUUGUCAGUCGCGAUGACUUCCUGUAUUACCGGCACGUGCAAUUCUCACAAGAUAGGAAGACCUCUGCUCCGCAAGAUAUUCAUUACCGACAUAUAUUGAAUAUUGUCGAGAAAUUUAAUAGAGACGAACGAAUAAAAGCGAAUAGAAACAUAGCGAUUCGUGAAUUCGCCAUUAGUGAGAAUGAAAUACGUCUUACGUAUCAUUAUCAUUCAGGGCAAUUUACCAGAGCUAUACGAACAUAUAUAAAGCCACCAUUAGCAGAAAGGGGAGAACGAUUGAUUCUCGAUCCAUCAAUGAUGCAUGGAUAUACUCCUCUAGAUGAAUCUGAAAAAUCCCUGAAUUUAUUAUACGAGCUAGAGACACAACUGUAUGAAGAGGACGUAUCUAUAUCUCAAGUUAGAGCGGCGGAAAAGGAAUUAUGUGCUUUUCUCGAAACAAGGAACAGGGAAUACUUGAUGCCAACGCUAUUAAUAUCUGUAUAUGAUAAACUGAGAGAAUCAAAAUCCUUGAUAGAAACAUUAAUGAGAACCAAGAGUGAGAAAGAUAUCACGGAGGAUGUAAAUUACUUGAAACCGUAUUUAGCUCGUUUAGGAAAUCCACCGGAAUUAUCAAAGAUUGACGCACAGUUCAUACAAUAUACAUGUCUUAAUGAUUACAAACAGUUACUUAUGCGCAGAGCGAAUAAGAUCUUACGUGAGUUUGACGAAUGCUCGCAGGAAUUAAUGAAAACGCAAGUAUUGAUAACACAGGCUUUUUUAUUUUUACAGGAAGGAGAUUUAACACGUGAAGAAGAAGAAGAAAUAUUAGAAAAAAUUAAUGAAUUAAACUUUUACUUACAAACGUUAGAGACCAGAUUAGAUCGUCAUAGAGAUUUAGUUCCUAUAAGAUACAAAAUGUUGCUGCAUCAUUUACAACAAAAUCCGCAUCUUACGGUACUUAAAAGUGAUAACUAA